AUGCGGACCGGUGCCCAGCUCCUGAUCGGCGCCAUCGCGGCAGGGAGCGCUGCGGCGUUGCCCGCGGUGGAGUCUCAGCAGGACAGCAGCAACGCGGCCGUCGAUUGCGCCGCGAUCCCAUCGCCGUUCCCAACGUGGCAGCAACUGCCGGUCCAGUCGACUAUGCCGGACCCGUUCCUGCCGCUGAAGUACACGACAACGGACAACGCGGCGUCGUCCUCGACAUUUGCGCAGGAUGUCAUGACGGGCAAGGGCCAGAAGCGCGUGCAGACGCCCGAGGAGUGGUACAAGUGCCGGCAGCCCGAGAUCUUGCAGCUGCUGCAGGAAUAUCAGUUCGGCUACUACCCAGACCACAGCCAAGAGAAGGUCGAGGCCACGCGAAGCGGCAGCACGGUCAACAUUGCCGUGACGGCCGGCGGUAAGACGGGCAAGUUCAAGGCCACCCUGACGCUGCCCUCUGGCGCGUCCGCUUCCAAGAAGGCGCCCGUGGUCAUCAACAUCGGCGGCAUGCAAAACGCGCCCUACCUGAGCGCGGGCAUUGCGGUUGUCGGGUUCGACUACACGUCGGUUGCGGCCGACAGCAACUCCAAGACGGGCGCGUUCUGGGAUGUGUACAAGGGGCGGGAUAUUGGCGUCCUGACAGCUUGGGCAUGGGGCUUCCACCGGACGCUCGACGGGCUCAACAUGACCGUGCCUGAGAUCGACUCGACGCGGGUGGGCGUGACGGGGUGCUCGCGGCUCGGGAAAGGGGCGCUGGCAGCCGGGCUGCUGGACACACGCAUCACGCUCACGAUGCCCAUGUCCGCGGGCGUGCAGGGUAUUGGGCCGUACCGGUAUCACGCCAUGAGCGGCCAGGACGAGACGCUCGAGAACAGCAAGUCGGGGGCCGGGUGGUGGAGUGACAGCAAGCUGGGAACCUUUGUCAACCACGCCGAGAACCUGCCGUACGACGCACACACCAUCGCCGCCGCCAUUGCGCCUCGCGCCCUUAUUAUUGACCAGGGCACCGGUGAUCAGUUCACCAACAGCAAGGCCACCGCCGUCAUCGUCUACCCGGCGGCCAAGCUUGUCUACGACUGGUUGGGCGCCGGCGACAAGAUUGGCAUGAGCGUGCGCAGCGGCGGACAUUGUGACAUGAGCGGCUUCACUUCCAUCCUGCCCUUUGUGCAGAAGAUCUUCUUUGGGACGCCAACGACAAAGGACUAUAACAGCCUGGGAUCGUACGGAUCGCCAAUGACGACGGCGUAUCCAUGGUACACGGCCGUCCCGAAGGCAUCGUGAACGCUCAGGCAAUCGAGCGCCUUGGACAACGACGGAGAACGGGGAACGGGGAACGGGGAGCGGGGAACGAGAAACGGGAAACGGUGGAUAGCUAUGUACGUAUCCGUAGGCGCGUCUCGAAGAUGGGACGGCGGGACGGCGGGACGGCGUAACGAAGGUUGAGUUAUUCGAUACUAGCCAGCUACUGCCUAGAGCAAUUCAAUACUCCAAUUUCUCGCCCCAAAAAGCGAUUGGGGGGACAGAGGAGAGCAAAGUGAGGUGCAAGAAUCGUACUUCUCUUUCACCCUUGGCAGCAGCGCGGUCUCCAAUUCCUGGCAUCGGCGAUUGUGCCGCGAGAACAUGCAUUGAGGCACUUGGCGAAACGGAAGUGCCCAGCGGUCGUUACACGGACGAGGGAGUUUGCGCCGCGCUGAAAUGGUGCUGCAGGGAGAAAAGAGCCGCAUGCAACCUCCCGCGGCCAUGUUUC